AUGGCAAGUACAGCCUCCGCACCGGGCUACGUCCGGUUCACCGGCCACCGGCACCUCACGCAGCGACUCGUCCUGUCGACGCUCACCGGCAAGCCGGUCCACAUCUCGGGCAUCCGCAGCUCGUCGCCGACGGCGCCCGGGCUCGCCCCGCACGAGAUCUCCUUCCUCCGCCUCCUCGAGACCGUCACCAACGGCAGCUCCAUCCAGAUCUCGUACACGGGUACCACCAUGACGUACCACCCGGGUCUAAUCACGGGCAGCGUGCCGGGCGCCGGCGCCGCCGUCAACGGGGACUCGAUCGAAUUUUCCCUGCCCGAGACGAACCGCCGCGGCAUAACCUACUACCUCAUCCCCAUCGCCAUGCUGGCGCCCUUCUCCAAGGCGCACGUCAACAUUCGCUUCUCCGGUCCCGGCGUAAUCACCGCCGCCACCGAGCUGGGCGACAUGUCGGUCGAUUCGUUCCGCCUGGCCAUCCUCCCGCUCUACGGCCUGUUCGGCAUCCCACCCGCGCGCAUCGACAUCCUGGUCCGCCAGCGGUCGUGUGCCGGCUACGGCGACAGGAGAGGCGGCGGCGUCGUCGAGCUGCGCUUCGCCAGCCAGGUUCGCCUGCCCAAGACGCUGCACAUGAACCGGACCCCCGGCAGGAUAAGGAGGAUUGGUGGCGUCGCCUACUCGACCGGCGUCUCGGCUUCCAACAACAAGAGGAUGAUACACGCCGCCAGGGGGGUGCUGAACGCGCUUACGGGCGAGAUCAAGAUCGGCGAGGCGCCGCCGGGCAAGGACGACGCCAAGAACAAGAUUGGCAUUGGCUUCGGACUGAGCUUGGUGGCCGAGUCGAGCGUCCCGGGUGUCGUCUAUUCGGCCGACGUCGUGUCCCCUGCGAGGGGAGGCGCAUUGCCAGAGGAUUUGGGGGCGCAAUGCGCGCAUCAGCUUCUCGAGGCCAUCGCCAAGGGUGGAUGCGUGAGUUGGGCGGCUGCACGCUCUGUGUUGACCCUGAUGGCGAUGGGGUCGGAGGAUGUCGGCCGGUUAAGGAUAGGCAAGGACGUGGUGGAUGAAGACACGAUCGGUCUCGCGAGGGAUCUGCGAAAAUUCGGUGCUAGCAGUUGGGGUUUGAGGGCAGUGGACGAUGAUGACACCGACGACAUGUUAAUCUCGGUCAAGGGCACCGGCGUCGGCAAUGUUGGACGCAAGAUAGCAUGA